AUGCUGGUUAAGGUGAAACUAGGGGAUGCCCAAAAAUUUGUCAAAAUAUCUGAGCUAAGACUGAAGGAUUUUUUGUCUGCAGCCUUUCUAAAAUUUGGUGUCCCAACUGUGCCUGAGGGAGUGAAGGUUGUUGAUGAAUCGGGGACUGAGGUGGAUGAUGAUGUGUUUGAGGACGUAAUUAAGGAUCCCUCACUUGGAGUUCUCACCAUCAUAUAUGGUGCAGGUGUACUAUCUGCCUCUCCACAAGCCUCUCCUGUGCAGUCAGAUCGAUCACUUUCUUCGUCCACUGACUCCAAUGAAUCACGUGAUACAGUCAUCAUUGCGGAAAGCCCUUCCAGUAAACGAAUGAGGAUAGAUUCCGAAGCCAAAAGGGUGGGGAUCGAGAUUUUAAUACCUGAGCAUUUUGAGAAUUCAUCCCCACCAAGGCAGGUGAAAGAAAAAUAUGCCAGAGGAAUUGUGGCUUUGUUUCCUUACCUCAGUGAUCCCUUUUCCAAAAAUGGCUAUGAGCAUUACUAUGAUGGUGAGAGCGGCACUGGAUACUUAGCAUGGAGAAUUAAGACUAUACAGAGAGGCUUGGCUAAAGAGAGACGAACAUCAUUUGAAGGACAAGGACCAUCUGCUGAGGGGAUGUCUGGCGGACCAACUAUAAGACGAGAACCACAAUUUGCUCCAGAGGCUGUCUUGAGUGAGGAUGAAUGCAAGGAAGCAGUUGCAUUCAUGAAGCAUUCUGCUGAUGAGGACUCCGUCAAGAUGAAAAUGAAGUUGACAUUUGACUAUCGCCGUGGGAUGGUUCUUGACCCUGUGCAGUCGAACAAUAUACUGACAGUCUUUCCACGUUUCAAAGACAUUAAAGGCUUGAUUGAACAAGACUUCGUUCUGAUGUUUGGAGGAGCAGUGUCAGGUAAGCUGCUGGAGAGGUGGCCAACCGUGUUCAAGAAAAAGGUUAUUCAGCAUUGCAAACAUCUUGCGACCACCAGUGAUGUGCAAGAACUGCUGAUAGCUGCUGAACAUCCCACUGAUGACUCUGAAGAGAGUGCUAAUUUUGUUUGGGACAGUGAUCUCUCCUCCAUACUACUGCUUUUGCAUUUGAUCCCACCUUCUGCUCAAGGCAGGAAGAGGCCAGGAAAGGUGUCUGCUUCUCAAGCAGAGAGGCAUCUUGUUGUCUUCAAGAAGAGUGGAACAAACAUUGAAGAGCAUCUUCGAAACAUCACUGGGAGUGACCAACCCUAUCUUUUGGCUGUGGGACCUCAGAAGAACGCAGUUCAUCAGUACUUCAUCAUUCUUGAUCAGCAUGCCAUUCCGUGCAAGUCAACCUCUUCUCUUGGUGCCUUUGACGAACUGUUUAAGGCACACUUUGUAUUUGGCACUAAUUACAACACUAUGUUACACAACAUGUACACUUUCAUUCAGACGACUGUGUACAACAUAGAUGUUGGCAAAGUAAAAGAGAGCCCUCGUGUUGCGGAGGUUAGAGCAAGGCUUCUUAGCUAG